AUGGCUUGUCGCGGUCUCUGCUGCUGUUCUUCGCCCAGCUUUGGCACCCUCACCGAAGACACCGCCCGGUUCCUGCUCCUGGCCGUUCUGAUCCUUCUCUACAUGGGUUGCGGAGCUGCCAUCUUCUCCCUUAUAGAGCGGCCCUCGGAGCUGGAAGCCCUUCAGAAGUGGCAGAUGAAGAUUGAAAACUUCUCCCAGAAGUACAACCUGGCUUUGGCGGAUCUGAGGGAUUUUCUGUUUGAGUACGAGGCCGCCUACCGGAUCGGUAUCCGGGUAAACAUAACGCGGCCCCAAUGGGACUUGAUGGGAGCCUUUUAUUUUGUAGGCACCGUGGUUUCUACUGUAGGAUUUGGCAGAACCACACCAAUUACAAGACCAGGCAAACUUUUUCUGAUAUUUUAUGGCCUUAUUGGCUGUGCAGCGACCAUCUUAUUCUUCAACUUAUUCCUGGAGCGUCUGAUCACAGUCAUAGGAUAUGUUAUGGGGAUUUACCAUAAGAGGAAGCUAAAGCAAAAACUUCCUGGAGUUGACCAGCAGGCUGAGAUUGAUGAAGUAGGCCUCUUAGAUGGAUGGAAACCCUCUGUGUAUUAUGUCAUGCUUAUCUUGUGUUUGGUAUCAGUCAUUGUUUCCUGUAGUGCCUCUGCUAUGUUCUCAGCAACAGAAGGAUGGAGUUACUCUGAUUCCCUUUAUUAUUGCUUUGUGUCCUUCAGUACUAUUGGUUUUGGUGAUAUGGUGAGUGGUUGGAAUCCAUACUACAAAAAUCAACAUUUUUACCGGUUUGGCAAUGGUGUGGUUAUAUUCAUGGGGAUAUGUUUUAUCUAUUCCUUAUUUAAUGUGAUCUCCAUUAUUAUCAAACAAUUCUUAAACUGGAUAUUAAAGAAAAUGGGCAGCGCACAUCGUAAGUGCCGAAGAAGACUCUUGAGGCCACAGAAAAAUGUUGUGAGGCCAGGGACUGUGUGGACCCAGCGCAACAUAUCAAUUGAGUCAGAUGGUGUCCUUGACAGUGAGACAGAAGGACCCAGAAUAUCUGGUGAAACGUUCUCCAUGAAAGAACUCUUAGCCUCUAACAAAGUAUCACUUGGUGUCAUACAAAAACAAUUGCCUGAAAUUCCUUUUCGCAGACCAACAAGCUCAUCUAUGCAAAAUGGAUUUGCAGGUGGUGUAGGUGCUUUGGGAAUUAUGAGCAAUAGGUUGGCAGAGACAAGCACUGAUAGUAAACAUUAA